GAGCCCUCCAGACUGAAAGAAACCCCAGCAACUUCUGCAUCUCCAUCUUUAUUUCUCACUCCUCUUUUUUUUUUUAAACUCCAACACUUCCUCACCCCUCCUAAACCCUCCUCUUACAAUAGACUUCCCCUCUAAGCACAAAGACUGCAGGGAAAAGAGUGGGGAGAGAGAUACGGUUUCUGUACAACAAUGGAAAUUCAAUCAGGAAAUGGAGAGGAGGUGGCGAGCGCAGUGUCGGCGACCUCGGGCUGCGUUUCCUGGAGUCCCUGUGGUUCGCAGGUAGAGGCAUCCGAAGAUCCAGUGAUCAGAGAGGACCUGCAGGCUGCUAAGAGGAUUGAGAGGUUUGACAUCCCACUUGAUAGCCUAAAGAGGAUGUUUGAGAAGCCUGCCGGGGCAAACACAGAAGUAACAAGCGUCCACACCUCCCCGUCUAAAAGAGUGACGUCCAGUAGUCUCACACACACUCACCCGUCAACAGAUCCGACCAUGGCCUCACCUGCAGACUCUUCUCUUUCUGCGGGCGGUGCAGGCAGAUCCAGGUCAGGACGUCCUGAGGACCCGGAGACCGAGCCGGUGUCAGUGAAAGAUCGGCUGGCGAUGUACCAGGCGGCCGUGUCUAAGAAGGAAACCAGCGGCUCCUCGGCUGCUGCGAUGAUGGACGAGUCGGAGGCGUGUUCGCUGCCUGGUGGUCUGGCCAGCGUGAAGAAACAGUUUGAGAGCCAGGAGUUCUCGUCGUCCUCUCAGUCCAGCGUCACCCAGUUUCAUUUCGAGCAGCGAUCUGUCCAGGAGGUGUCAAGCUCCUCGGAGGUAACAGUGAGAAGCAGUGUGAGAGAGGUCGUCCCCUCCACAACCAUCUUUCAGAAUCAACAAGAGGUGAUCCAAGAUGAAAGAGUCCACCAGAACAAUGUGGCGGCAAGUUACGGGAGCCAUUACAAUGAAACAGUUAUGCUCGUCGGAGGAGAGGACCUACCAAAGGUUUCCACUCAGGCUUUGAAGCAGCAGUACGAGAAAACUAUUGAGGAGGCUGCACCAGCCAAGGAAAUUAAGGUUGAUGUGGAUUUCAACCAGUUUCAAUGGGCACCAGUAAAUCAGUCCUCUAAAAUGUCAGCCACGACUUGCUAUGACAGCUCCUCCACCAUAAAGACAGCUGCUGCCUCAUCAGCAGCGUCUGCCUCCUCAGCAGCUUAUGAGAUAACAGAGAAUUUCCCACCCCCACCACCAAACCUGUUGCAGGAAAUGUCCUCCCAGCAUCAAGACCAGACCUUCCAACAAAAGCACACUGUCAACAAGGAGCAGUAUUUCAAACACAAGAGCAUGGCCGAACUAAAGCGCCUUUACAAGCACAUUCACCCUGAAGUCCGCAAGAACAUAGAAGCAGACUUCUUGAGUCAUCUCACUGAAGCUGAAAAGAAGGAUUUGGAAAAUGUGGAAAUGGUUGGAGAUGUUCAGCAGGCUUGCUAUAUGUUUGAAAAUGAAGGCAACGCCUCAAGUCCUGGUUCAAGCCCUGACAGAGAGUCUGUGGAAUGGGAUGAGAUUCUUAAAGGUGAAGUGCAGUCCAUGCGCUGGAUGUUUGAGAACAAGCCACUGGAUACAAUCAAAGAUGAAACUCCAGAUGAGAAUGAGGAGAGGAAUAUCGCCCAACAGGAAAUCAUUGCUGGAAAAGAUGUCAGAUACACAGCUUGGAUGUUUGAGACUCAACCAAUGGAUGCUCUUGGUACUGAGGCAACUGAUUCAACUGAGCAGUCAGAAAAAUCUACGGAUCUGGCGAGAGGAGAUGUUCGCACUGCUACUUGGCUUUUUGAGACGCAGCCGCUCGAUUAUCUGAAUAAGAUCUACCAAGAAGACGAGCAGGAGAUGGAGGUUGUUGUCUCCAAAGACAUCACAGGCGGCGAUGUGAAAACAGCCAGGUAUCUCUUUGAGACCCAGCAUUUGGAUUCCCUGGGUAAAACAGAAACCAUUGAAGAAAGCCACUUCUUGAACCUGAAGUCCGAGCUGGAAGAGAUUAAAGGGGAAGUGAAGACAACAACUCGCAAGUUUGAGACGCAGCCCAUGUGUGUCAUUAGGGGGGAUUCAGGAGAAAUGCUGGAGAUCACCACUAUCCGCAAGGAGGAGAUGGAAAAAGGAGACGUCAAAACGUCGCGCUGGAUGUUUGAAACACAACCUCUGGACAUGAUAAACAAAGACCCUGCGAAGAUGAAACUCAUUUGUGGAAUUUCCAUGGAGGACAAUGUUCAAUGCGGUGUGAAUAAAGGUAGGUGGCUUUUCGAGACAAAGACCCUUGACUCCAUUAAGGAUGAGGAAUGGGAGAGUUCCAGGAAGCAAAAAGAAGAAGUUAUUGGUGCUGAUGUGAGAAGGCAUUGUCUUGUAUUUGAGACUCAGCCAAUGGACACUUUGAAGGACAACACCAAUGCAAGAUUGUUACCUUCAGAGGAGAUUGUAGGAGGCGAUGUUCAAACGGCUAAACAUUUGUUUGAAACAGUACCAAUGGAAAGUCUGAAAGAACUGCUGGAGGUGGGAAAACUUAAGAAAACAGUUGCAACCGAAGAAGAAAAGGGUGAUGUGAGGCAUCAAAAGUGGGUCUUUGAAAGCCAGCCACUUGAGAAUAUAAGGGGAAAAAAGGAGAUCACAAAAACUGUGAACGUUGAAGCUCUCGACAAAGGAGAUGUGACAAACUAUAAAGAAAGGUUUGAAUGUAUGGAUUUAAGUAAGUGUGAAGGAACACAGAAAAUUCAAGUUGAAGGUGUCACAAGUGGAUCCGUCAAAUCCAACAGAGUUCUUUUUGAGUCCACUCCUAUGUACGCUAUGCAGGACAGCUCAGGUCAUUACCAUGAGGUGAAGACUGUAAGGCGCGAGGAGAUUGUGAAGGGAGACGUGCGCAGCUGCAGAUGGAUGUUUGAAACGCGUCCUAUUGAUGAGUUUGACGAAAGCAUCAAUAAGUUUCAGAUCAUCAAGGGUAUAUCAAAACAGGAAAUUGAGUCAGGGGAUGUCAAAACAGCCAAGUGGUUGUUUGAAACUCAGCAGCUUGAUGCUAUUAAAGCAUUCAGUAAUGAUGAAGAUGAAGAACAUAAAACUAAAGAAGAAAUUGAAAAAGGCGACGUUAAGACCUGUAAGUGGUUGUUUGAGACUCAACCAAUGGAUGUUCUGUAUGAAAAGGAAGAAAAGAGCGAGGCCAACGUUGAGGAAGUGCAAAAAGGUGACGUCAAAACAUGCACUUGGCUCUUUGAAACCCAAACCCUCGACAACAUACAUGAUCAUACAGAGUCGGAGUCUGAGACCAUUCUGAAAACAUGCACUGUAAAUCAGGAGGACAUCCACGGAAAAGACGUACGACUGGCCCGCUUCCUGUUUGAAACGGAGAACCUCGAAAAUCUGACAGGUGAGGACAGCAGUUCUUUCAGGAGGGUUACGGAAAUCGACGUCCAAUCUGGCGAUGUUUCCAGGAUGAAGUACAUCUUUGAGAAUCGCUCCUCGGACAUUAUGAGCUCCACCUCUGAUGAAAUGAUGCAGAGGUUGAAGACACAGCAGACCGAGGACAUCCAGAAGGGAAACGUGGUCAACUGUACUUGGAUGUUUGAGAAUCAGUCGAUUGAUGAGAUCCGUGACGAGGCUAGGGAGAAACUCACUGUGAGUGAUGUUCAGGGGGGCGACGUCAACAAAGGUCGCUUCAUUUUUGAGACCUACUCUCUGGAUAAAAUUAAAGAAGAGUCCAAUGAGACUGAUAUUUCUAAGCUUACUAGCAUCUUUAGGGAUCAAAUAGAGAGGGGGGAUGUGAAAAACUACACCAUGAUGUUUGAAACUCAACCCCUGUAUGCUAUCCGAGACAAAGAAGGACAUUACCAUGAAGUAACUACAGUUACUAAGGAAGAAAUAGUAAGUGGAGAUGUGGUGGGGGCCCGAUGGCUGUUCGAGACGAAGCCUCUGGAUUCAAUUAGGGAUUCAGAGGAGGUCUAUGUUAUUAAAGCUGUGACUGAGGAGGUCAAUAAAGGAGACGUUAACUCUGCAAGGUGGAGGUUUGAAACACAACCUCUUGAUGAAAUAACUGAGGAAAGAAAAGUGAGGUCAAAAACAGUUGGCGAUAUCCAGGGCGGCGAUGUGAAAACAAACAAGCAGUGGUUUGAGACAGAUCAAAUGUCUCAAAAGUACAUCAGAACUGUGAGUGUGAGUGAAAUCCAAAAAGGCGACGUAAGAUCUGCCACAUGGAUGUUUGAAACGCGCACAAUUGAUGAGAUCCGCGGCGAGGGCGCUGAAUAUGACAGCAUGGAGAGAGUGACAAAAGAGGAAGUAAUGAAAGGGGAUGUCAAACAGUCUGUGUGGCUCUUUGAGAAGCAGCCACUCGACAGUAUCAAAGAGAUGGAUGGCACAGAGCUCGUUGUCACAAAGGAGGAAAUCCCACAGGCCGAUGUAAAGUCAACAACAUGGCUAUUUGAAACAACUCCAUUCCAUGAAUUCAACGAAAGCAGAACAGAAAUGAAAGAAAUCAUCGGAAAAAGCAUCAAAGAGACACUGGAGGAGCUUUAUUGUCGUAAAAUGGUGGACUCGCAAGGGAUUCUAAUUGAAGCAGAUGAGAUUGGCGAUGUCCGCAUGGCCAAAUUCCAACUCAUGAACCAGGAGGCUCCAGAAAUCCAAAAAGAAGAGAUCAUCAGAGGGGAUCUGAGCAACAUAAUGAUGAACCUCCUAAACCGCAGAGAGACCACUGAAAGGGGGAUAACUAUUGAUGGGGAGAGGGGACACAUCAACACAACAGUGAAUCAGCUAUUAAACCAGGAAAGGGGAAUAAAUGUUGAAAAAGAGCAAAUUGUCCGUGGUGACAUUCAAGAAGCCAUAAACAAUCUGCUCAAGAAUGAGGGCUCCUCCAAGCGUGGCAUUCUCAUUCAAGAAGAUGAGAAAGGUGACGUCAGACUGACUAUCUACUCUCUGUUGAAUAAGGGGGAGAGGGCUAGUUUGGAAAAAGAAGAUGUAAUUCAGGGUACCGUAAGCAAAACGCUUCAUCGUCUUCUCUCAAACUCCGGAGAAGAGGAAUCUAAAAAAAUAAGGGUGAAAGACGCAGAAAGGGGCAACGUCAGCUUUUACUCCACAUGCAUCGAGUCUGGAGCCCUCGAUUACCUGAAGCAGCUCCAGUAUGAACCGGAUGAAACCCAGGAAAGGGUGGAAAGAGAGCGUAUCAUUGGAGGUGAUAUUGAAGAGACCAAAAUAAUGCUGCGAAAGAAGCAGCAGAUUGGUCGCACCGUGGCUGAGGAUGAUAUAGUUCCUGGUGAUGUACAUCAUACUGUGGAAGUCUUUAUGACAGAGCCGACUGUUACCUACAAAAACCUUGAGAAAAAGGACAUUGUCAAAGGUGACCUUAAUGCAGCUCUUGAUUCACUGACCCAAGCCAUGAAUCAGAGGGUUGUAAUAGAGAAAGAGGAGGUGGUGAAGGGAGACAUACCCACCACUUUGAGGUCUCUGCAGGAGGCCCAGCAUCAAGCCAAAGAAAUGGAAAAGCCAGAAAUUGUAAGGGGAGACAUUAGGGGUGCUCUGGAAUCACUUGAAAAGUCUGCAACUACCAAUACAGAAGUGACUGUUGAAGAUUUAGUACCAGGUGAUAUCAAAGGGACACUGAAGUCCCUGGAGGAGGCGAAGCAAGCUGUGAAAGAAGUUGAAAAAGAGGAGAUCAUCAAAGGAGACAUCCAUACUGCCCUGCAAAGUUUGCAUGAAGCGACAAGCGAGAAGAAGAUUUACCAGCAUCAAGUCAGCGAACAGGGCGACAUUAAAGCAACUAUCCAGCUCUUGCUUGAGCCAACGACUUCUCCAAAAUUGCAGCGCAGGGGAAGCAUUGAAGGAGAUGUGAAAACAUCCAUACAAAGUCUCUAUGAAGGACAGGACUCAACACAAGUGGAAAAAGAGGAGGUACUGAAAGGGGAUGUUCAAGGGACAAUAAAGUGUCUGAUGCAGCGUAAACAGUAUUCAAAUACUAAGCGUAUGUAUCCAUCAAAGAAAGCAAAAGUGCCAGUGAAAAAUCCAUUAACUGUAAAGCAGGCAGAGCAUGAAUGCCUGCAUGAGGCUAAGAGUGAGAGUGUAGCAGUCAAUCCGGCUCCCGCAGUGAAAAACCUCUCCAGGAGCAGUGAGUCACAGAAGCAUGCACAGAGGCACCACGAAAGCAAAUCAGUAAAAACACAGGUAAUAACCCAAGAGGACCACUCUGUUACUGUAGCCAAAACAGAUAAUGCCACUGGGGCCUCUCAGCAGAAGAGCAUAAAAGAACAGAAGCAGAAAGUGCUGCCCCUUCAGAAAAUACAAACCCCUAAGCCUGUUAUGAUAAAGAAUAAACAAAUGGCUAAUAAUGAUCAAACAGAGACCAAAUCGGCUGACGUGAAUGUGAUGAAAGAGGUGCAAAACACAGCACACACAAAUAUUUCAAACAAGCAAAUAUGUGAAACAAAGACAAUCAAACAGGUGCAGACAGCAGUGACGGAGAAAACUGUCAUGCAGAAGCAAAAUGUGACGGUAUUGGAGCAAAUGUCGACAUCUUUGAAGCAAAUGGAGGACAAGGCACUCACACAAAAGCAGAAUAUGAAAAAUGUGAAGAGUGAUUACCGGAGCCUUGAUGUCAAAGGGAAAGGCUUGAUCAAAAAGGCAAAGCCAGAGAUUCACUUCCCUCCUCCCCCUUCCUCACCACCUCCACCUCCACCCUCAGAGUCAGAGCUCUCCCUCCCUCCGCCACCACCGCCAGUGCUGGAGAGCCCAGCAUCUCCAACAUCCAGGCCUCCGAUUAUGAGGCAGGACAGCGACCUUCCACCUCCACCUCCACCUCCACCUCCACCUCCUCCUAUGGAAUGCAUCAAGUCUGAGCCAGAAUUCUUUCCUCCUCCUCCACCUCCACCAAGUCUAACCUCUGCGAGCGGACACGAUUUCCUCCCUGCGCCUCCCUCACAACAUGAGCUAAACUCCAUGCCUCAGCCUCCCCCUGCAAAGCUGGUGAAACCCAUUGGCAAGCCUCUAUUCAAGAUUCCCAAGCAACCUGAGGCGCCAAAGCAGCCUAUAAAAGUCAAACCCAAAUGGCAGAAAAAGGAGCCAACUCCUCCACCUCCUCCAACGCCAGCUCAGCUUACUGCCAGUCAAGAAACAACAACAGUAUCAGCAGAGCUUAAAGAAGAAGCAAAAGUUCAGGAAGUAAAAAGGGAAACAUCACAACAGAUCGAAACAAGCAAGCAGGUUCAGUCUGAAUCGACAACAGUGUCAAGAACAAAAAUACCUAGCAUCCCAGCUGUGAAACCAAUGCAAAAGGAAAGCCCACAACCACCUAAAAAAGUGUUUGCCCCUCCUAUUAAACUGCCUCCGACACCCGAACCCACUCCAGUGCCAAAGUCUAGACCUUAUGCUCGCAAGUUUAAAACCCCUCUGAUGCUUGCAGAAGAGCGGUUUCGCCAACAAUUGGAGGAGAAAGAGGAAAUAGAAAGGAGUAGAGUCACAAGUCCUACUUCUACACGACCUUCCUCUGCUGCCAGUACAGAGCUUUCAGAAGUCCAGAAAACUGAUAAAGAAGUCACCACAGAGGUGACAGAAGUGAAAAGAGAAGAGACUAAGACUGCAUCCAAAGAGGUAAUAUUGACACAAGACUCUCCUGCCAAGAAAACACCUUCCCAGAUUCCUUUGAGCAAGCCUUCCAUUUCAGGAAUAAAUAAGAAAUCUUCCUCUAAAUCUUCGAAUGUUUCCCUUGAUAUGAAGCAUGUUGCAAGUGAAAUGUCCUCAGAAAGAAAUCUCGCCUCAGCGGAUGCCUUCAAAAAGAGUCACACCCCACCAAAGAGUCAGACCUUUUCCGUGUCUAAGGCUCAUCAAGAGGCCGCAAAUAUUGACAUCAAGUUGAGCUCCAAUACUGUCACUUCGUCAUCGUCAGUCACGGAGCAGCAGCAGGUUAUUAAGAAAUCCAGCAGCAGGUCUAUCACAACCACACUGAGUGCUGUCCAGGAAAGUGUAAAUCUUCAAAGCCAGGCUGCGGUCACAUUGAAAGCUGAAGAUGUAAAGAAUAUUAAUGUGCCUCUGACACAGGAGGGAAAAAUGAGUCCCUCUAUGCCCACUAAAAUUCCAAAAGUAACUCCAAGUUUCAAGGUGAAAACGUUUAAGAUGCCAACCGAGAAGAAAGAGGAGCGGUGUGACAAUGUUGGACAAAAGGAAGUAAUGAAAAGUGACGCGCAUUUACAGCAAGAGAAAAGCAAUGUGUCGAAGACAAGUGAAAGCAAAGGGAAGGAAAGCAAUCAGGUGACGUCAGAGAUAAAAACAGAAAUCAAAGCACAGGAGAGAAAAAGCCAAAUGACACUGCCUAUAAAGGAAGUUGAAGUAGAGGUUACAAUGAAAAAAGGGAAACAGGUGCAAAAGAAUGAGACUGAAGUAAAGCUGUCACCAUCAGUUACUGUUUUAAUGCCUAAGGUGGCAAAGAUAACAUCUGCAGCAACCCAUCAAGGACAAGGCCAUGUAUCUGUCUCCCACAGCCAGCAGAGCGUGAAGGCGGAGCACAUUCAAAGACACGAGGAGGUGGUUGUGACUGAGAAUGUGGUACAGCAGAGCCUUCAGAAGCAAGAGGUUGUACAAAUGCAAAAGCAGCAAAUGAAGGCACAAGCAGCAGAAACAAAUAAAAUGCAGGUAAAGGCAGUAAAGACUAAAGGCGAGCUGAAGGAUGUAUCAGUGAAAAGGACAGGAAAAAUGGGCCAAAAAGAUAAGGCAAAUUCAGAAGAGAUCACAGAUUCAGUGAAAUGUAAUGUAAUGCAGAAGCUGCUCGCUCAAAUAAAAGAGCUCGAGGGCACGCCAAGCAAAAUAGACUCCAACGCUGUCGGAGCCAUUAUAAAUGAACUCCCUGACUGGAUGACGGGCUCGGAUGAGAAAAAGAAUUUGGGUCUAAUCGCUAAACAGCAGAGUAAGAAAAAGUUGAAAGAGAUGAUGGUCUACGUGAGGAAUAUUGUUCAGGCAAAGCUCACAUAUUUGGAAGUCAAUUUGACAGCCGUGGAAAAGCAAGAACAGCAAAAAGAAGAAGUGCCUGCUCCUGCAGCCGUACCUGCGCCACCGCCGGUGCCUCCAAAGCCGGAGAAGAACGUCAUCAGCGGAGCAACUGCAAAGAUAUCGAAGAUAAGCAUCGGCUCGUCCAAAACUGCAAAGAAAGUUGUGGGAGAAAAAAAGAAGACGCUUCAAGAAAGCAAAUUGCAACAGGACUUGAGUGAGGUGGCUGAUCAGAGAGUGUCCUCUCCGUCACCCUCUUUUAUCAGCAUUGAAUCAAGAAGAGUAGAUUCACCGCUUAGAGUAACCCCUUCUCCGCCACCCUACAAAUCAGUCGGGACACCUCCACCUCCUCCUCGCAAGUUAUUCACACCAACAUCCGCCUUCAGCCGGGCCACCCCGUCCCCCACCCUGAGCCGCUCGGAGAAACUCAUGAAACUGCGAGACACCACCUCAAAACUUUCCCACAGCAUGACCCCUCCACCUCCCAUGCCAGUGACGGAGUUCUUUGCUGUUGAAAGAGAGCAGUCAUCCCCCUUUAGUGAUCGGGGGACUCCUGAGGAAAGACACGAGCAGGGAUUGGUGGAUGUGUCAGAAAUGGUGGACUCCAUGAUGACCGUCAGAGACAAGAAGUCUUUCUUUGAGGAGGCGCAGAAGGCUGAGGUGAACAGGGCGUACUUUCGGAAGGAUCCCAUUGAUAUCCCUGAACGUUUGGGUGCUGAUGCCGAGGAAGGACCUGAGACUGUCACUAUCGACCUUUUAAAGGAGGAUCUACCCAGAGUUGACUUGUCCAAACUUGUAAACAGAUUCGAAUCCCCACAACCGAAAGUCUACCCAAAAAAAGAGCCCAUUGUUAUUGCUGAGAGGCUUGAAAGUGACAACGAAGACGCAGAGGCUGAACCGCAUACCCCAAGAACAGAAGAGAUCCCGACAUUAAAUGUGAAAGCCAUUAAGGACGUGUUUGAGACCGGAGAACACAGUUCCCAGGCCGCCAGAGAGCUGCGAGAACAAAUAGAAAGAAGAGAAUCUGAAUCAACCUCUGAGCCCCUCGGACACUCUGAAACCACCGCAGUCACCGAGCAAUUCUGCAGCAUUGACGACUUUGGCAACAUGACAAGAGAGACGAGGAGCGAGGUGCAUUCUGGGAGCUCCCUGAUCCGCGGUAGCCCUCCGUCAUACGCCGACGUGGUGAGAGGCGCAGUUCCUACAUUGACCGUGCCCGCCGAUGCCUCAACCGAGGAACUGCUGCGAAGCUUCCAGCAGUCGUGGGCCGAGAGUCAAGGAGUGUUUCAGAACCUCGGUUUCAGUGUCACAGAGCAGAGGACUUCACAGAUCACAAGGCACCAGCAGGAGACUGUCGUGACGGAGAAUUCGAGUUCCCGAGUCCGAACUGUGCAGGGUGUGUCGGAAGAGGGUGUACCCCAUGGAAUUGCUGAUAGCAGACAAUCAAAACUUCCAUAAAAGCUGCUUUCGCUGUGAACACUGCAGAGGCAAACUAAGCCUCGGCAACUACGCCUCUCUCCAUGGACGAAUGUACUGCAAGCCACACUACAAGCAACUGUUCAAGUCCAAAGGAAAUUAUGAUGAAGGAUUUGGACAGAAACCACACAAAGAACUUUGGAGUAAUAAGAACCAGGAGAAUUCAUCUGAAAAAAGAGUCAAAUCACCGUCACCUGAGAAGAAAAUCACGGAUUCCAGAUAUCCCGCUGCUCAGAGCGCAACAGUUACACCGAAUGAUGAAAUAAAUGAUGAAAGCAAAAAGCCAAUGAGUAAGAUUUCUGUCGUUUGGCCUCCUCAACCAGACUCUCCAAAGAAAUCCUUCAG